UAUGGCAGUGAAUAUCUGGCCUGUGUGGGUAUUUAAUUUACUCAUCUUGAGUGAAAAUUUACUUGAUUGUAUAAUGAACAACAAGAUUGUCGUGUAGAAACACAUAUGAUAGUUGCUUAGCCACUGAAGGAUUACUGUAACCGGUGUACGUUAUCCGUUGAAGAUGUCGGCGUCGGAGGGAAACAAAAACACGAAUACGGAACCGUGGGGCGGUUUCGAUGACAACAUUAUCCAGGGGAGUGGGUCGGCGGUGAUAGACAUGGAGAACAUGGAUGACACCUCUGGCUCCAGUUUUGAAGACAUGGGGGAGAUGCACCAACGCAUGAAGGAGGAGGAGGAGGUGGCAGCGGAGGCAGCCGCAACUGAGGACGAGGACGGAGAGUUCCUUGGCAUGAAGGGUCUCAAAGGGCAGUUAGGCAGACAGGUCGCUGAUGAGGUGUGGCAAGCUGGGAAAAGACAGGCUUCAAAAGCAUUUAAUCUCUAUGCCAACAUCGACAUUCUGCGACCAUAUUUUGAUGUGGAGCCUGUUCAGGUCAGAAACAGGCUAAUUGAGUCAAUGAUUCCAGUCCGAAUGAUCAACUUUCCACAGAAAGUAGCUGGUGAGCUUUACGGUCCAAUGAUGCUGGUGUUUACCAUGGUGGCUAUCCUCCUGCAUGGCAUGAAGACCUCGGGAACAGUCAUUAGGGAGGGUACACUCAUGGGUACUGCCAUUGGAACCUGCUUUGGCUACUGGCUGGGAGUGUCAUCCUUCAUCUAUUUCUUAGCCUACCUGUGCAACGCCCAGAUCACCAUGCUGCAGAUGUUGUCUUUGCUGGGUUAUGGUCUCUUCGGCCACUGUGUGGUCCUUUUCGUCACUUACAACGUCCACUUCCAUUCCCUCUUCUACCUUCUGUGGCUCGUUAUUGGUGGACUCUCAACGCUUCGGAUGGUUGCAGUACUGAUCUCUCGCACGGUGGGUCAGACACCCCGUCUUAUCCUCUGUGGCUCCCUGGCUGCGCUGCACAUGCUUUUCCUGCUCUAUCUGCACUUUGCCUACCACAAGAUGGUUGAAGGUAUCCUGGACACCUUAGAAGGACCCAAUAUUCCCCCCAUCCAGAGAGUGGCCAGGGAUCUUCCUAAUUUGGCCUCCAGUGUCGUGAACGCCACAGUGAAGUCCCUCGCUGCAGCUGCACACUCACAGUGAUUGUACAGUAAACAUCCAAGAUGCCAUUACAGGUCAAUAACAUCGCGUUGAGUGUAAUUGAACCGGGCAGGAUGAAGCCGAAGGGAAUGCGCACUCAGCAACUGACC